CCAAUCUACUUUUCUUUCUCAUGAGUUUAUUAUUGCUCAUCUCCUAAUUACGGAGUAUUAAUUAAUUAUUUAACAAAUCACCAAUAAUGGCUAAUUUCGUCUUAGCCCUUGUUGUUAUGACCACAUCGAUCCCCAUCCUCCUCGUUCCCCCCACCGCCGCCGCCGGCGACCCAACCUUAAAUGCCACCCGCGCUGCCCGAAACACCCGGGCGGCGAUGAACCCGAUCGACUCGUGCUGGCGCGCCAACCCAAACUGGGCGUCCGACCGCCGCGCGCUGGCAGAGUGCGCGGUCGGCUUCGGGAAACACGCCGAGGGCGGAAAGAACGGGCCCACGUACGUCGUCCGGCACGCGUCGGACAACCCGCGGAACCCGAAACCCGGCUCGCUCCGGUACGGCAUCAUCCAGCCGAAGCCGCUCUGGAUAACGUUUGCCAGGGACAUGGUGAUCAAGCUCAAGAACGACCUCAUCGUCAGCAGCUACAAGACGAUAGACGGGAGAGGGGCAAAAGUGGAAAUCUCCAACGGGCCAUGCAUCACAAUCCAAGGGGUGACGAAUGUGAUCGUGCAUGGCAUAACGGUUCGGGACUGUAAGCCGGGAAAAUCGGGGCAGGAAGUUAGGGACAGCCCGACGCACGCCGGGCGGCGCGGCGGCUCGGACGGGGACGCGGUUACGAUAUACGGGUCUUCGAACGUGUGGAUAGACCAUUGUUACUUUGCACGCGCCGCCGACGGGCUCAUCGACGUGAUACAUGGGUCCACCGACAUCACCAUUUCGAACAACUAUUUUACUCAUCACGACAAAGUGAUGCUGUUUGGGAACAAUGAUAACAACGUAGAAGACAAAUCUAUGAGAAUUACAGUGGCCUUUAAUCAUUUUGGCCCUGGUCUUAUUGAAAGAAUGCCAAGGGUGAGGUUGGGGUACGCCCACGUGGCAAACAAUAGAUACAGUGGGUGGCUGAUGUAUGCGAUUGGUGGAAGUGCAAACCCUAUCAUUUUUAGUGAGGGCAACUACUUCAUGGCUCCCAAUAAAUCUGAUUCUAAGCAAGUGACGAAGAGAGAGGUAAAGAAAGGGUGGGGGCAUUGGAAAUGGAGGUCUUCAAGGGAUAAAUUUCUAAACGGGGCAUAUUUUGUGCCGUCCGGAUACGGGAGCUGUACGCCGUACUACACCAGAUCUCAGUCGUUCCCGGUGGCCGAUGGGUCUAUGGUUCCCGCUCUCACGGCGGAUGCCGGCCCGCUCAUCUGCCCCUCCUCCGCCACGUGUUGAUGUAUCCGAUACCGUGUAUAUCUGUGAAAAUCAAUUGUUGUACUCAUU